GACCUUCACUAGCAACACAUUCGCACACCUCUGAAUCAUUCACAAUGGCACCCAAGGUUCUCAUCGUCUUCACCUCCAACGACAAGCUCGUCAACUCGGACCACAAGACGGGCUACUACCUCCCCGAGAUUGCGCACCCUUACUACGUCUUCAAGAACGCCGGCGCCGAGGUCGUUGCCGCCAGUGAAAAGGGCGGCGAGCCUCCUCUGGACUCGAGCUCGGUCGACGCCUUCAAGGAAGACGCAGACAGCAAAAAGUUCCUCAACGACAGCGAGGCGCAGGCGUGGAUCAAGAACAGCAAGCCGCUCUCGGCCUUCCCUGCUCCCGCCAAGGAGUUUGACGCCAUCUUCUACCCCGGCGGUCACGGACCUCUCAUCGGCCUGCCCGAGAGCAAGGAGUCGCAGGACCUCAUCCGCGCCUUCUACGAGAGCAACCGUGUUGUCUCGGCUGUCUGCCACGCUCCUGCCGUGCUCACCGAUGUCAAGCUCAGUGACGGCUCUUACCUCGUCAACGGUCGCUCCGUCACCAGCUUCACCAACGAGGAGGAGGAGCAGGCUGGCCUGACCAACAAUGUCCCCUGGCUCGUCGAGACGAGGCUGCAGGAGCGCGGAGCCAAGUUCAACAAGGGAAAGCCUUGGACUGAGAACGUCGUCGUCGACAAGGACUCGAGCGGACGCAUCCUCAUCACGGGCGCCAACCCGCAGUCGGGUGCCCAGCUUGCCAAGGAUGUCCUUAAGAGCAUUGCCGUUUAAGCGUUUGCCAGUUUCUUUGAAAUUCUACCAUGAAAUCGUGAUCAACUCUAUAUCA